UUAUCUCUUGCCGCCAGAGGUCUCUGGUUUCCUCUAAGGGAGGGGCUGCCGCUUGGCUUUCUCUUUUCUCACCAUCCGUGGGUUGGGGGCUGAGCUUUUAAGUUCAGAUGCUGCUGACUCCAUUGUGAUCCGCGAUCCAGCUCCUCCUCCUCCUCCAAGCUGGAUUCUUUUUCCAGGGAAAAAAGGAGAAGAAGGGUCUGUUUUCUUUGUGCUAACCUUUCCUGGUGGUGGGAGUUUUGCUGCAGAAGUUAGGCGCAAGGGUCUGAUCCUGGCGAGAACUAGGGCUCUGCGGCCACAUUCAUUCCUCCAUUGGAGAUCCAGAUCAAAUCCAUGUGAGAUCAGCCCAAAUGGCCAAAACCGAGUCUGCCCAGGUCCUAGAAGCCUACCAGGAGGUGAUCGCUGCCUCUGCUAAGGGGCAACAGGCUCUCCUGGCCCCAGAUCAAGGAAGCCUCUACCAUGAUGUCAUGCAGGAGAGCUACAAGACACUCCUCUCCAUUGCCCCUCCCCUUCAACUCCAACAAGGAUUUCCAAUCCAAAAAUCUGAAUUACUGGCCUGUCUCAACCAAGGGCAGCAGGCCUGGACCCCAGAAGCCCAGAAUUCGAACAAAGACACUGAGGAGAAUCCAGUUACACUGCAGCUGACUGGAUGGCCAGAGCCAGGGAAGUGGUGGAAUUCCUACCGGAGCCCUAUCAGUGUGCCCAGUUCAGAUUCAUCCGGUUCAGAUAAUGAAUCUUCAAGUGAGAAAGAGGAGGAGAAGACUGUUAAGCAGGAAUGUCUCAAGAUAACAAAGCCCCGGGCAGCUUUGCUGGGUAAAUGUGAGGUGAAGCAAGAAGGCUGUGAGCCUUGGCAGAGCGAACGGCUGGGACAGCUGCAGGGCAGUAUGAGGAUGCCACUCUGUUGGACCAGAGAAAAAGACCGAGGACUCAUUAAGAGCAGAAAGGGGAAGCGGGGAGCCGAUCCGGGGAAGAAUCUGUUUGUUUGCCCUCAGUGUGGGAACACCUUUAAUAGAAAAUCAUCGCUUAAGAGGCAUUUAACAACAAUCCAUGAUGAAGCAAAACUGUAUGAAUGGCCCCCCCAUAAGAAAAGCUUCCUUGAAAAAACAAACCGUGGGACACGUGGAAGGAGACACACGAGAACUCCCCAUUCAGGAAGGGAACCUUACGAAUGCCCUGAGUGUGGGGAAAGCUUCAUGACGAGUGCCUCUUUCACCCAGCAUCGGAGAAGUCAUACUGGUGAGACGACAUACCAGUGUCCUGCGUGUGACAGAAGCUACACAGAGGAGCGGUAUCUCAUCAAACAUCUGAUGACAGCCCAUGCAGGAGCCCAUCUCUCCAAUUGCCCUGACUGUGGGAAAAGCUUUCUGGGAGAGGAAGAUCUCAGUAUGCAUCAGGCAAUGGUCCAUGGGGGAGAAAGUUUCCAUCAGUGUUUGGACUGUGGGAAAUGCUAUCGGGAGAAAUUGUCCCUAAUCAGACAUCAGACACUGCACAAAAAGAAAGCUACUUGUAAGUGCCCAGAUUGUGGUAUGAGCUUUGCAGAUCGCAGAAAGCUGGCUAAUCAUUUGCUCACCCACAAAAACCAGAAACCUCACAAAUAUCUAGACCAGGAGGGCAGUGGCACAGAAGAAUAUGUCUACACCUGCCCUGAUUGUGGAAAGUGUUUUAAGACUGAAAGAUGUUUUGUGAAUCAUCAGAGAAUCCACAGGAAGGAGCAACAAUGUCAGCAACCUGACAAAGGGGACAUCUUGAAGGGAGGAGCACAAAAUCAUGAAACCCAUGUAGAAAUGCAACGUGGUGCAGAGUCUGCUGGUGGAAAACCCUUCGGGGCUGGUCUAACUCAGCCAAAGGUUGACAUGGAAGAAACUCUCCACACAUGUCUUGACUGUGGGAAGAGCUUCAAGGACAGUCAGUGUUUUGCUAAUCAUCAGAACACGCACAUUACAGGAGAAACAUCUGACAAUGCUGACAGUCAGGGAAUGGUUGAAGAAAGAAAGCUACCCCAUGCUGGCCAACAGGAAGGGCAGAUGAAAGGAAAUCCCUAUCAGUGUUAUAGCUGCGGGAAAACCUAUGCAACUCAAUAUAAUCUCAACAGGCACCAGCGCAUCCAUGCAGACAGCAGACCCUAUAAAUGCACCAUCUGUGGGAAAACCUUCACCUACAGAUACACUCUAAUCCAUCAUGAAGCAACCCACACAGAAGGAAAAACCUGUCUGCAUAAAUGUUCUUACUGCGGGAAAGGGUUCACCACCAAAAUGUCCCUCUCGAGGCACCUGCAACUGCACGUGAUGGGCAGACCCUAUCAGUGUGGUGUCUGUGGGAAAGCCUUUGCCUACAGGUAUUCUCUCACUCAUCAUCAGGAAACACAUGUGGAAGGACAGGCCCAGAAAUGCCUUUUCUGCCAUAAAGUCUUCAGGACCAAUCAUUCCCUCAACAGGCACAAGCGUAUCCACAUGGAGACGAGAUCCUUCCAGUGCUCUGUUUGUGGGAAAGCCUUUGGAACCAAAUAUUCCUUCUGUAGACAUCAGGACAGGCAUUUGAAUGGAAGUCUAAAGCGUUCUCCCAGCAGUGAGAAAGAUCUAGUUGAUAGCUCAGCCCUGGCAAAAGACCAGGCUAGUGACACGGAUGAAAAUUCCAAUAACUGGUCUGACAAUUCAACUCUCUCUGAGCACCACAGAGGAGAAAACUCUGCCGAAUGUUCCAAGAGUGCAGAUGGCUCCUUGCCUGCUAAAUGCCAGAGUGUCCUUGUUAAAGAAUAUUCCUCUAAAGGGUUAGAUGUGCAAGAAUCCCUGGCUGAAUUCUCUGCGAGAGUUGAUAGUGACAUUCUCACUAAGCGUCAGAACACCCACUUAAGAGAACAUUCUGUGAAAGGUUUAGAUGGUGGUGAAACCUCAAGGGAUCUCUCAGGGGUCACUAAAGAUCAAGGUAGCCACAAAGAACAAAAUGUCCAUGAAGGAACUUACAAUUUGGCCAACCCUAGGCAACAUGGAGCCUGUACUGAAGACAGCCUCCCAGAGUCAUCUGAGAAGAGGGAACACUUUGCACCUAGUUUAACCCUUAUUAAACAUCAGAACAUCCCCAUAGGAGUCAGUUCCAUUCCAGGAUUAAACAAUGACCAACGCUAUAAGGACAGUUUAACCCGCUCUGGCUUUCAAGGUGUCUCAGCAGGUCAACAAAAGCAUGUGUGCUCUCACUGUGGAAAGUCUUGCAGAGAUAGUUAUUCCCUCAAAAGACAUGAGAGAACCCACACUUCGGAGAGGCCAUAUCAGUGCCAGAAGUGUGGGAAGAGAUUUCGUGAAACCAAAAACCUCAUCCGGCAUCAGACGACUCAUUCAGACCUCCGUCCCUAUCCGUGCACUGAAUGUGGGAAACAUUUCAAGUCGAAGACAAACCUCGAUAAACACCAGAAUGUCCACAAGAAACCUUUUAGCUGCCCUCAUUGUGACAAAAGAGUCACCACCAGCAGCAUUCUUAAGAAUCACCUGAGAACCCACACAGGAGAGAGACCAUUUAAAUGUACUGAAUGCGACAAAGAUUACAAAACAAAGGCAGCCCUCAACAAACACAGAGAGGGACAUUUCAAAGAGAACUCAUCAGAGGCCCCCAAAGUGGAUCAGUCCAAUCAGAUUUUUUAAGUCUUGUUUUCCCAUGAUGUAAUGGGUCAGUCCCUGAUUGAUUAUGUGAGGUGCUUCUACUCAGCCCAGGAUGUGUCAGGACAGAAAUACUUGCACAUUCCAGAGGCAUAGCCAGGUUAGUAAUUGGGGCAAAAAUAAGAAGGCAGUUUGUGACACCUUAAAGAUUUGACAUAAUUUUAUUCCAGCAUAAAUUUUUGUGGACCACAGCCCACUUCAUCAGGGGCUGUGAAUACAUAUUGGGACAAGCUCAAGAUCUUCAUAAAAGGAAAGGCGAUCAACUACCUCACAAACAGUAUCUUUACCUGUGCAGCCUCAAAGCACCCAUUGUCUUAAAGCAGAAAAAGGAUGUUCUUGUUGCUGGUGAAAUAAUAGUUCUGAUUAUUUGAACCUGUUAGUUUAG